UUAAAUACCUGCCCCACAUGAUUGUUGUGCACUUGUCCCCACUCCAGCCUUCAUCUGUCUCUCUCUACUGUGACCUUUUUUCUUUGCUUUUGCAGACCGAGGGAGACAGUUAAAAAGAAUACAAAUAACGAAAGAGAGAGAGAAGAGCCGGCCCAGAACGUACAAAGCAAGGAUUCUCUGUCACACACACUCUUGUAUUGAUUGAAUUGAAUUCAAGCUGAACACACACAAGCAAGCAGGGGCAGGGGGACAAUUUCUCUCAUAUCUCAAUCUUCAUGUGUUCUUCAACAAUCAACAUUAUAGGAAUAAUACAUACAAAGAAAGUAUGAGGCCACUGUUGCUGGUGAUUCUUCUUGUCCAUGUUUUAUUCAUUUGGAAUUUUCAGUCAUUCACAGUAUAUGUCACACCAGACCCACUUGUCCUCUCACCGGCUGCCUCUCCCAUUAUUACUCCAUUAAUGAUAACUUCCAUGGCUGCACUCUCUCCAGGGCCACUAACAGGAAGCGAAGAAGGGCACAACAUGGAUUCUCACCAAAAGCUUCUCCUAGCUCUAAUUGCUGCCAGUACUGCACUUGGUGCAAUAAUCAUUUUGACCAUAUUAUGUUGUCGGAUUUAUUCCAGGAAGUACCACAAAAAUAGUCCCCAGUGCACAGAUGCAGAGAGAGGUGUGGCCUUAACACCAUUUCUGGAUAAAUUUAGCUCACUAAAGAUGGUUUGCCAGAAAGAAUCACUUGCUUCAUUUAUGGAUUACAAGAUAUUAGAAAAAGCUACCAGCAAUUUUAGAGAGAGUAAUGUACUGGGUGAGGGUGGAUUUGGACGAGUUUACAAGGCCAAAUUGGAGAGUAAUACACCUGCUGCAGUCAAGAAACUAAACUGUGCAGGUCAAGAUGCAGAGAGAGAGUUUGAGAAUGAGGUGGAAUUGCUGAGUAAAAUUCAGCAUUCUAAUAUCAUUUCUAUUCUGGGUUAUAGUGUCGAGGGAGAGAUGGGGUUCAUUGUUUACGAACUGAUGGAAAAUGGAUGUCUUGAGACUCAAUUACAUGGACCUUCUCGUGGAUCUGCAUUAACUUGGUUUAUAAGAAUGAAAAUUGCUCUUGAUAUAGCAAGAGGAUUAGAAUAUUUGCAUGAACACUGCAAACCACAAGUAAUCCAUAGAGAUCUGAAAUCAUCUAAUAUACUAUUAGAUACCAACUUCAAUGCAAAGAUUUCAGAUUUCGGCCUUGCCAUAGCUGAUGGGACCCAAAGCAAGAAUAAUAUGAAGCCUUCCGGCACCUUGGGCUAUGUUGCUCCAGAAUAUAUUUUAGAUGGUAAAUUGACGGAUAAGAGCGAUGUAUAUGCUUUUGGGGUGGUGCUACUGGAGCUUCUACUGGGAAGAAAGGCUGUAGAGAAACUGGCACCAGCUCAGUGUCGAAGUAUUGUCACAUGGGCCAUGCCUCAGCUCAUUGACAGAUCUAAACUUCCAAACAUCCUAGAUCCUGUGAUAAAAGAUACUAUGGAUCUGAAGCAAUUAUACCAGGUAGCUGCAAUAGCUGUGUUGUGUGUGCAACCAGAGCCAAGCUAUCGCCCCCUUAUAACCGAUGUUUUGCACUCUCUCAUCCCGCUUGUUCCAGUUGAGCUCGGAGGAAUGCUAAAAGUUACAGCUAAUGUGCCUCCUAAAGAUCAAAUAAAGGACUAGUGUUGCUGGAGAAAUGCCAAAAGUCACAGACGGUGCGGGUUCUAAAGAUCAAAUAGACAGCUACUGCUGCUGCUUCGUCUAUCAAGCCCAGAUGAGCGUCAAGUUCAUGUUGGGUUCCCACUGCUUGCAUAUAGAUGCACGUAAUUUGAUGCGUCAAGUUGACGGGUUUUUUGAAACUUAGUGUGGAUAUUAGUUACAUUGUUUGGACUUUGGACUAAAACUGUAAACACUUUCUUUUCCAUUGGAUUUUCAAAAUCCCCAGCCACGGUAAAUUGCCAACCCAUCCAUCAUUGUCACAUGU